CAGCAGGUCAUAAUGCAUCGCAGAAAGGAUAUUGUACCUUCAGGUACCUAGUAUCACCUCACUUUAUAAUAACCCCUCCAUAGGGAAGAAGUCUGCCAUGAACCGGAACCUCCCGCAGGUCGAACAAGCUUCGAAAUCAACCAACUCUUCUUCUCUACAUAUGCCGUCAGAUAUGCGCAGCAUCACCACCCUCUCGGGCUCGGAACACCUCCGAUACUGCAUUCCCCUUGCUUCAGUACGACGCCACAGCCCAGUUCCUCAAGACAGAAGCGCUCGUCACACAAGCGCGGCGUAUCACAAACUUGAAACAAGCGCCCGCCUCGCGGCAGUGAGCUAGGACCAUACCUAAUCGAGAAGCAACUUGCUCAGUGAACCACACACACCCACCGAGCGACCCGAAGUCUGAAGUUCUGAAUUGCACACUAGAAGCAUCAGGCCCGUCCCGAGUGGCGUGACCGGGUCUUGACUUGCCCACUGAUCAGACGAAUCGGCAGUGGCAGAUUAAGCGCCCCUAGCGCAAACUACCGUCUAUUAUCACCAACGUUGACACCAUCAACGGCCUUCUUACAUAUGCCCACAAGCAUCAUCGUUAUGGUGGCUGUAUAUCGACUGUAUUCAAUGCCAUCAGGUUGGUGCGUUAUAGGCGCUUGUCGUGGCUGCUUAUUUAGCAAUUGCCGUUACACUGACUGACGGAGGCACCAAUGACACCAUCAGCCCGCCCUCCCAUUGCCCACGCGCUUUUGUUCUCCCUGUUUAGAGAAACGAAGCAAACAACAAGUGUUGCUACUGCUACAUGCAGGUCAUUCGUUCUGAUCAUGCCAGGUCCUAAUUAGUGCCGACUGAGUGCCGCAACCAAGAGAUUCCCCAGACGGAUAGCCAUGGCGGGCGGCCCCCGAAUUUACCAUCGGUGGAAGAGAUGCAUGGGCGAUCAGAGAGCAGCGAUUCGACAGGCCUGAGAGGUUGCAUCCAGGCACCCAAUAUACUGUUCUAUUCCCGCAAUAGAGACACUGAAAUACUCUGAUCAUCGCCCACGCUCGCUUCCACUGCAAACCAUACAGAUCCAGCCAAGUUACGACUCUACGACCAAAUUCUGCAAAGGCUGCAUGCACGUCUUUUUUUUUCCUCAAGACGCUUUGCUGUAUUGGGAACCAACAAAAAUAGGAUCUCACUGAGAGCACGCCUUGCAGAUCCGGUAUGGCCAAUGGGAAACAUCACAUCGCCUCAGCCCCCUGUAUGUAUAUGCACAUCAACCCUAUCCGUCAGUCUGUCCAUGGAACCCCUCAUCACCCCUCUCCUCGUUACUUGUCAGUAUGUCACCGUUUUCUGUUCUCGAAGAGCCCUGAAUGGCGCUCUCACUGGGCGAGCACUUCUCCAAGUAUGGUCUGCGAAAUGACAACUCGGCCGGCCAUACUAUGGAACUGUAUGCCGAGGAUACUGGCCAAUAGGCGUGGUUGCCUCUGCUGCAGCAAAUUCCGCACUUCUCACACUGCGCCGCUUUACAAGUCAGGCCGGCGGUUAAGAAAAGGGUACACGAACAAACUGCUAGGGCAAAAUACACGCGAUACUACCCCUCCUUGAGAUGAAAGUGCUCCCUGGGCAUGAACAAAAAAAUGGGUGUACACAGGAGACCCAAUUUACCGAAACAUGCCCACAUACGCUGUGCUGCACCUCAUCGCAAGUAUCCCGGCAGCCCUACGGAAUCAACUGAGAAAUGGCCCUGGCAUCAUGUCGUCAAUGAUCCCCGGAGCGGCACACGACCAUGGACCAUGGCCAUGCGUUCUAUCCAAGAUGGCCACUCCUAUUCCCGGGUUGGCAUGGAAGGGUUGUGGAAGCUGACCUGGAAAUUCAGUUGUCCCUACCUGCCUACGGUAGUUGGUUGUUUUCUACCCACAUCUCGUUCUUUCAAGGGCUCAGAUUAUACACAUUUCAGAGGAAAAGCCAGUGCAAGUGUACAUUAUUUGUCUUAACUGUCUACUUUCUUCGAGUCGAGUCUCGUUCCCAGGACAUAACCAUCUCAGCACCCUCCCUCAGCAAGUGCCAAUGCAACCCCCCCCCUUCUUUCACUCCCUACCCUUGCCAAGGAGCUGACGGGGAACAGGGGGCAAGCAGGCCCUUCAAGCAACAGCCUCCUCUCCAAAAAGAGCACCCAAGCCCCUUCUGCAAUGGAGGGCCAAGAGCGGUACAAUCUCAUCCCAAGUUUUCCCUAGCUGCACACGCAGGUAGAGGGCCCUGUCGCCAUCUCAAUAAUAACAUGUGCCGCAAUGUACGCCGCAGAGUUGCACCCCAGAUGCUUCGGCUGUCGUUGUGGACGGAUGGGCCCCGUUGCUGCGUGUACAUGCCAUGAUUACCCAAGGUCACUAAGUAGCUUUGAUCACAUCCCCCGCAGACUGAGGCUUGCCUCGAUCUCGUCCUUCUCCCCUCCUUCUCUUGUUGUCUUCUUUUUGAGCCUCUUCGCGUGUAUUGCUGCAGCCGCGCGUGUACAGCACUGACGUACCCCGUCCCCGUCUUCGUCCCUGACUUUGUUACUUUUCUUCAUUUGUCCAAGAAAGUCCAACAGGGCUGUGUUAUUCCCAUCUUGGUACACAUCUGACAUCCAUUUUGAGCAUCUGCCGCCCAUCAUGGCUAGUCUCAAGUUCAUAAUGGAUGUCAACGACGACUACCAAGUGCCGGACCGUCAACAGGCCCAGAAUAAUAAAAAGGCCAAGGUCCCAAUCAAACCGGCCACUACCGGUCAGCUACCAGAAGAACCCAACCCACAACCACACCCGAGGCAUGCUAGUAGUUCCGGCCUGGCCGCCGAAGAGGAUAUCAACCCCCCUUCCCCCUCUACCCUGAACAAGAAACGUGCUGCUUCCUCAAGGGGUCCCAAGCCAACGACGACAACAUCAACCACAACCCCAACUGCCCCCCCAGGAACGGCAAGCGGAUCACUGGAUACUCCAGUCCCAUCCACGACCUUGUCUCCUGCCACCGCACGACCCUCAGUCCGUCGUCGAAGCACGACAAGUACCGACUCAAUGGACCGGUCAGGAGGCUACGGAUCUCCCGCCUCGUCGUCAUCAAUGGGAGGCGGACCCAUGAGACCUAUGCCCCCUCAUCCUCAACCAUCUGAUGCAGUACCGAUGAGACUUACCCCCAUCACUGGUCGUGUGAGCAGAGCGAAGAAGGGCGUUCCGGUACAUGUCUGCGAGCUUUGCAAACCAGCCAAGACCUUCACAAGAGCCGAGCACUUGAGGCGUCACCAACUCAGCCAUGAAGAGCCUCAAUUUCGUUGCUCGGGCUGUGACAAGGCAUUUCAUCGCCAAGAUCUGUUGACUAGACAUCAGCAGAAGAACGAGCACGGUGAAUCCUCAUCCCAGCCAGCGGUUAAUCAGCCAAGUCCAUAUGCUGUGCCAUCACCAAGACCACCACAGCCAAUACAGAUCUCUGGGUCACAGAGCGGCUCAUCAGUGCCGGCCCAAGGGUCUGGGCAAACACCUUCCAUCGCGGCCGUCUCUUCUGAGACGCCUUCAACAACAUAUUCUCAGCCCGCCAGCUCGCCUCAUCCAACCGCAGAUUACAGAGGGGCCGCACCUGAAUACGAUGCCUACACAAUGUCCCCGACAACCAUUCUAGUCACACCAUCUUCAACACGGUUCUCACAGACGUAUUCUCAGCCCAGGACAUCACAGAUGGAGCAAUUGUCCGUAAUAACACAGGGUAUUAAAAUGCCCGAGCACCGGGAACCGUCCCCUUGGGCAUCAUCGGCCACGGACAGCACUUAUUCGACACCGGUAUCGGAAUCACUGGGAAAUGCACAGCCAUGGGGGCACUCAAACCACCUUCUCUCCCCAUAUCCUAAUCCGGCUUCUCGAGUCAGCCCCGGGCCUGGACUUGGAGGUUUCAUUCACCCGAAUCCCUACUCCUCCAACCCCCACAGCACACAUACAUCGCAUACCUAUUCGGCCGGAACAAUCUUCCCAAAUACUAUGGGCUUUAGCGGUCAAGACGUCAGCAACCAUCAGGCCUCCGGACUGAGCAACAUGCACGGGAACACAAUGGCUGGCGGCUUUCGAGGCCUCACCCCAGAGCCGCACACCUCGGCUCAAGCAAGUGGCGGUUUGAUCACACCCGCCCCCGUCCUUUCCACUGGCAUUGACCCUUCGCUCGGAAUGCUUCGUCAGAAGCAGGGGUUUAUGGACACACGAUUAGGUGCCCAAACCGCCAUGAUGACUGAUAUGAGCGUUGGAUAUGCUGCGAGUGGUGAUGUGAGCCCGGGUGGCGAGAUGACAGGGUUGAACUUGGAGUUGGGUAGCAAGUAUGCCAUGCACUCCUCCAUGCCACCGUCCAUGAACAUCCCCCUUCCGGCCGCCAUCAGGACUGCUAUUCCUGGCUAUCUUGAUGUCUAUUGGGAGAAGGUACACCCUGUGCUUCCAAUUGUGCAUCGGCAGUCAUUUGAAGCCGAGCCGGAAGAUGUGCUGAGGUGUGCCAUGGCAGCCGUAGCCACCCAGCAUCUCGACACCAAGGAGGACCGCAACCGGGGGAACCAGCUUCACGAGCACGCGUGGCAGGAGGCGAAGCGAGCAGCAAAAUGGAGCCUGCAAAUCAAGCAGACGAUUCUUCUCUGCGAGUACUUUGCGCGCUUCCGAGGCCGAAAGCCGGUUACCAAGCCCUCAGACCUGUUCAGGCAUCUCCACCAGAGGGUGAGUACUGAGCAGUCCAUUACUGCACCGCUGUCUUUCUCUCUUAUGGAGGAUUCUGUUUCUUGGUUCUUCGACACCAGCGCCUGGUCUCCAACAUCCUCCCCCGUUUCCUCUGUCUCUUCCUUUGAUUCCAUCACGCCGGCUACCAUUGCCACCACCUCUCCCAUGGUUCUCAGGCACCUGAGCCCCUUCUCGAACACAUCAUGGCCACAGGCCAUUGUCCCUUCAUCUUAUGUUUCUCCUGGGUCCUCCUACACGGAUCCUUCUUCUUUCACGCAUCAUUCUCGUUCCAACACCUCUCCUUCUCCUGCUCGUUCGCGAGAAAUCUCUCGGAUCUGGUCUUUUCUCUUUUCUCCCGAACGAUACGACUCUGUACCGGCGACGGGGAAUUCUCUUUCAUUUUCGACUGUUUCUCAGAGCUCUGCGCAGGCGUACUUACAAUUUGUCUCCGACACACAGGCCCUUUGUCCCGACUCCGACAUACUCGAUCAAGCCAUGCUCAGUUCGGACCAGCACUUGGUCAACGGCCACGAGAGGUGGAAGCGCUGGGUUGAAGCCGAGUCCUGCCGUCGGCUUCUCGCAGCUUGCUUCAUUUGCGAUGGUCAUACAUCGAUCUACCAGCAGCAUGGGCGCGUUCUGGAUGGCAAUGAAAGCCUCCCGUUGUUCGGCAACAGUGAGAAGCUUUGGGGAGCCUCCACGGCAGAGGAGUGGCACGCCCUACAGGCUUGUGACCCGGUCUCUGCCCACGCUGCCGCCCAGCCAGCUUGCGUCUCCGACGUUGAAAGCCUCACCCCAGAAUACAUUGAAGCCUGCGGCCGGGCAGAUCGCAUGGUCAUCCUUGGCCUAUGCGCUCUGCGUCUGCCUCGACGGCCGGCGUCAUCAUCCACAGUUGCCCUUUCAGCCGACAACUCCCCCGCUCCGGACUUUGAUUCAAGCCAGCAAGCACGUCUCCAGCAGCAACCCCAGGACAUGGAAGCCGAGCAGCGCAUCCAGCGGCUUUUCCGAACCUGCCCCAUCGCCAACACCUACCUCGCCCUACACCACACGCCCCUUCGUGAUCUCCUGGCCGUCAGCGGCGACUCUUGGGCCUACGCCCAGAAGGUCCUUCCUGCUACCAUCUUCCAGGAACACGUCAGGCGAGUCAGGCAGUGGGCUGGCGGCAGCCUUCCGGGCCUCAACAUUCUCAAAGCCACCCUCUUUGCCUCGCGUGCCCUGCUCGGGUUUCUGGACAGUAAUCGCAGGAAUGUGUCUGAAGACAGCGGCAGCAGCAGCUCAGCUGCAUCGUCAAGGGUGGCAGAUAUAUCCGACUACUGGGCCCUCCACGUCUGCGUGCUCGUCUGCUGGGCGUUUAACCACGGUCCGCGGAACAGCAGCAAGGGCCAGCAGCAGCAACAAGUGCAAGUGCACCCCCGGCAACGAAGCAGCAGUGGCGGGCCCAGCGGUGGAAGCAGUCCUGCCUCGAGAACGAGCGGGCUGUCGACCGCGUCCACGCUGAACAGCUCUGAUGAUGAGCCAAUCCGCUGGCUGCGCAGGGUGGCUGAGUGCAGCCGUCUGGAGGACGUCUUAAGGUUCCGGGCCCAUCGCGAGGCGGCGGGCGUGGUUGGGCUUGUGAGGCGCCGGAUGGAGAGUGACUGUGUCGGCAGUCGGAAUAAGCUGUAUGUGGACGCCAUGGGGGUGUUGACCAAGAUUGAGGAGAGUGCUGCUAUCAGGAGGUGGUUCUAGCUCCUUUUCGUCACGUUUUUCUUUUUGUUUUUGUUUUUCAACCAGCCAGGGAGCUUAAUGGUUUUCAAUGGCGCCUUUUUCUUUCUGGGGUUUCUUUCUUGGCAUAUUUUUACAUGGGAUGGGGAGCAUUUGGCGUGGGUGAUGGCAUUUACAGGAUACUUACUGGCUGGGGGCAUAUAUUGUGUGGGAUAAGGGGCAUGGCAUUGCUGGUUGACAUCCAUUCGUUUCUCUUCUUUUUCUACGGCGUUUUUCUGGGCAUUCACAACACAAACACGACACGACAAUCGCAUACAUACACAUGAGAUGACGGCGACGAAAUGGAGAAAAGCGGCUUCCUUCUUCUACACCCUUUUCAUUUAACUUGUACAACAUACCUUUCCGAUCAUCCCCUUUUCUUUUUCUGUACUUUUACUUUUGCUUUUUUUCUGUACGAUUAUUUUCGCUUUUUUUUUUGUGGGUUUCUGUUUUGCUUGUUUUGGUAUUUUGCCAUAUCAUACAUAUAUUACAUUACAUCAUUUUUGUACUUUUUACCUUAUUAUUUUCUUCAACAGCAGGUGGGUAAAACUUUACAUGAUGGAUAUAAAUUGGGUUUGGGUUCGGGCACAUACAGAAAAUAAGGUGUAUUUGGAGUUUAAUGGGAAGUGCGAAAGGGGGGCUUAUGAGACAAGGAAAGAGGAAAGGGGGUUGGUUGUAUAACAUACAGUAAAACAGACAGAGUGGGUGGGGGAGGAGGAAGAGGGACCUAAUACUUAGUUUUUGUACUCAUGUUGUAUAACAUGAAUAAUGAGAGAUAUUGAUCAUCA